GCGGGCGGGCGAUGGCGGCGCAGUUCCGUAGCUACGUGUGGGACCCCGCGCUGAUCGUGGCGCAGAUGGUGCUGCUGCAGGCGGGAUACUACAGCUCGCUCGGGCUCUGGCUCGCCCUCCUCGGCACCCUGGGCAGCACCGGGCCCUCCCUCCAACAGGUCUUCAGCGACGAGUGCUCUGGGCUUGCUGUACUUCAUCCGGCGAGGGAAGCAGUGCCUGGAUUUCACCGUCACCGUUCACUUCUUCCACCUCCUGGGCUGCUGGAUCUACAACUCGCGCUUCCCCUCGACGCUGACGUGGUGGCUGGUGCACAUUGUGUGCACGGCUCUGAUGGCAGCCAUCGGGGAGUACCUGUGCAUGAGGAUAGAGCUCCGGGAGAUCCCCCUCAACUCUGCCCCCAAAUCCAACGUAUAGACUGGCCUGGCAGCAGCACGCUGCGUUAGUCAUUGUUCCCAGCACAAUGCGUCCAAUGCCUCAGAAUCAUCCCUGAAGAAGCACAGCAGGUCUGUUUAGACUUUAUGAAUUUUUUUUGUUUUUUUUUUUUUUUUGGACCUCGGUGACUGCAUGAGUGUGAGCAUCUCCUCUGGCAUCAGCUGACAACGGGGGAGGAGCAGAUGAUUAUUUUGUUAACACAAAGAAUUGAUAUGACUGUAUGGAGAGUGUGCCCUUAACUCUUCACUCAUGAGACUGUGAAAAGCCAGGUAGCAAAACUUGGUGCGUGAGGAGCAUUUGGAAUUUAACAAUGUGGGAAUACCCUGAAUGGGUAACACAGUGGUCAGCUCUUCUUGCCAGAGCUGGCACAGUGAGCAGCGGGGCUGGGAGCUGCUGCUUCCAAUCUGUGACUUGUUUGGGCUUUGUUUGGGAAAAGAGUCAAGGAAGUGAAUGGAUGGGGAGAAAGAAAAUAGUUGUACUUACCUGAAUCACCAGCUGAGACACUAAAUAACCUGUAAUGUUAGAUGGGUUUGUUUGCUGUUUCCAUGUUUGAUACAUAGAGGUGACAGACAGCAGUUUGCUGAAGAAAUCUUUUGUAAUAAUAAAAAUAUAAUGCUGCUGUGACUGUUACGGCUCUCCUGGGAAACUGAACACUUCAAGAAGUACCACGAGUGUCUGUAUCAUGGCAACAGAAGGAUGCAGCCAGAGAACACUUGGCUGUGAGGUGCCCCUGUCUGGGACACAUGAAAUUCCCUACAAUAAACAUUUCAUACCUCUGCUCUGAAA